UAGGGUUCUCCUCUACGUCAACGACUCUGGGCGGUUCAUGAAUGGGGCUCUGAAGUGGGAGGGCCCCUCAUCUGACUUUAGCAGGCAGGAGGAAGAAAGUGGGUGAUGUGCUUUGCUGCUUCAUGACUGUUUUUAAACAGCCCAGCAGCGAGUGGUUGUCUGUGUUUGCGGAUUGUAGCGGAGGGAUCUUCACCCCGCAGGGAUAGCAUCCUUCGGCUGAGACGAACAGGCCAGCGGCCACAGCAGCAGCAGCAGCAGCAGCAGCGGAACCAGAGGGAGGCAGAGUCGUGUCGAUGAGCCAUGGGGUUCCGCAAGAAAAACAAGAGCCCACCGGUGCUGAGCCACGAGUUUGUGAUCCAGAAUCACGCCGACAUGGUUUCCUGUUUGGCCAUGAUCAUCCUCCUCGGCCUAAUGUUUGAGGUCACGGCAAAGUUUGCCAUCAUGUUCAUCACAGUCCAGUACAAUGUAACUCAAGUUCUUGAUGAGAAAAGCGAGCCAAUAAACCUGUACCAGUAUGGCCCUAAAGAUGUGGCUACAGUGUUUUUCUACCUGCUCAUAGCAGUCAUCCUUCACGCCUUGAUUCAAGAAUAUAUUCUCGAUAAAAUUAAUAGGAGGUUGCACCUGUCGAAGACCAAACACAGCAAGUUUAAUGAGUCUGGCCAGCUAGCAGCGUUCUACCUGUUCUCCUUUAUCUGGGGCUGCAGCAUCCUAACAGCGGAGGAGUUUGCAACAAACCCCACUUUCUUAUGGGAGGGGUACCCACACACUAACAUGGUUUUUCAGGUUAAAUUCUUCUACAUUUGCCAAAUUGCCUAUUGGCUCCAUGCGCUUCCUGAGCUGUACUUUCAAAAAGUGCGAAAGGAGGACAUCCCCCGCCAGCUUUAUUACAUUUGCCUUUAUGUUGUCCACAUUUCUGGUGCCUACAUCUUAAACCUCCACCGACUGGGCCUGGUGCUGCUGGUCCCUCACUACUUGGUCGAACUUUUGUUCCACGCUUCACGCCUUUUCUACUUCAGUGACGAAAACAAGCAAAAAGGCUUCACCUUGUGGGCGCUGCUUUUUGUCAUUGCCCGACUCCUCACCCUCACGCUGUCAGUGCUGACAUUUGGUUUUGGUCUGCCCCGUACGGAAAACCACGGUUUUUCCUUGGCAGAAGGCAACUUUAAUGUGCUCACCGUCAGGAUGACCUGCCUAGCAGCCAUCUGUCUGACGCAGGCCUGGAUGAUGUGGAAGUUCAUUAAUUUCCAGUUAAAAAAGUGGAGAGAGCACAGCCAAAUCCAAGCAUCAAAGAAGAAGACAGUGAGCCCAAAGAGCAAGCCUCAUAAAAGAGAAUCUACCAAGGGAGGAGCUGCCAAUGGAGUUGUCAAGUCUGAGGAUAAAAUGUCACCACGAGCAAGAAAAGCCAAAGCUUCAUAAAACCGGACAAGCUUGGAGAGAUGAGAAAAUAAUUUCUGAUAAUGUGACAUUACAGGUUGUUUCAGGCUGCAGGAACCUUUUUAAUAGUUCUCAUAACAGUUUAAGGCAGAUUCCUCUCUUUGUUUAUAUUUGCGCUGCAGGAACCAUGGCCUCUUUGCAGAGCUGCUUUUAACGAGUGUUUUUAAGAUCCUGCUUCAGAAUAUUAGCCCUCCGUCUGCAAUCGGGGACGUAGGUGGCCCAGUUGCAUAUAGAUUUGUAGAGUCAGUUGUUCACUUGGUCAUUGUCUGGGUUUUAGAAACGCACUCAAACUGUACACAACAGGUUUGAGAACAUUCACCAAAAUGAAGCGAAACAGAAGUUAAGGCCAGUCUUACCUGACUGAGAGGAUUUCUAAAUAAAAUAUGCAGGAAAUUCAGAAUUGCAGAAAAAAAAUCUAAGAUUACACAGGAAGAGAAGCAAGUGGUAAAAAUAGAUUCAACAUUUUAAGUAUUUAAUUUAGAUAGACGUUUGGAAAUCUUCAGCUUCCAGGGUUUUUUAAAGACGCUCCAGGCCACUUCACUGCUUCAUCAAUUCUCACGCCCAUUUCUUCUCCACCCGCCUCAGUUAUCAGGUAGAGGGUAAAUAUAUGUCCAGACACGACAUUCCCUUUAGGAAGUGGUACAGCAUCAGUUCUGUCCUGACAUAGUUUAUAAUGCUCUUAUAUUGUGUAAACAGACAUCAGUCCUGAAUCACACAUUCUUUUUAUGUGUUGAAAAGGAGGAGUUAUAAUUUUCAAUUUAAUCUUGUAUUGCUAAUUUAAUAAAGAUAAAAUAUUUAACAUAUCUAAAUGCUCAUUCAUAGCAUAGUUUAACGAUGCCAAUAUUUUGAGGACAAAUUAGCACCAAAUAAAAUUGUGUUACUUUGUAAUUAAUCAUUCAGGCUAAUAUUUAUCAACCACUCAAUGUUUUUAUCAGUGUGAUGUGACUUGGUUCUACCUUGAAUUUAAAAGAACAAUGUUUUUAUUUAGUUUAGGAAACUACUUAUUUAAUUGAUUUAUUUUUAUCUUAAUCUGGUUUUUCACUAACUCAAAACACUGGGGACGUGAAGAUUUCCAGCUCUUUCUGGAAAUCUGUCUCCACUUUGACAUGGGCCAGUAACAUUACAGUUCUUACCUUUGUUAGCGGUCCAAAAAGGGUGGAGUGGGAUUCAGGCAAAAAUGUCUGGUGGAGCUCACAAAUGGUGGAUCUUCAAAAAUAAUCUGAAUUGUGAAGUUUCUCACACUAGGUCAACUUGGUCAAGGUGACCUGGUAUGAGAGGUCGAUCUAAGUCUCAGUCAAGUUCAAGAUGUAAAACAAUCACUGAGUGACAUUGUACAAUUUAAGUUUCAGGCAACUUUACAAAACCAGAGCCAUGUUUGUCAUGGAAGAUCCAGGAAAAACUCUCUACUCACUAAAACAAUUGAAUCUUUUCAUAAAUCUUCUAACAGGAACUUCUCAAUCACACCCAAAAAAUGUCUGGUUUGACCAAAAUGGAGAAGGAAUGAAAUGACCAGCAAUUUCAGAAACCUGAUGUUUUUUUUUGUUGGUUUUUUUUCUCCCAACUCUGCCUAAGUUAUUUAACGCAACAUACACACACAGACAUGGCUCUGAUUUUGGGGAUCCUUUUGUUGUGGCUUUAAUUUGGUGAGUGUUGCAAGCAUAACUGACAUUGCCACAAUGAUCGUCUGACAACUGCUAUGCAAUCACUGCAUUUUCUUUUUUUUUUUCUGGCAGUGCAAAUGCAAGCAAAAAAAAAAAAAAAGUUGUAAUAUUUCUUAUUACUUUGCUGUAUGGGGGAUUCCUAUAACUGUAGGUUCUCCAGGAAUUCUUAGAAAAGUUUGGUCAGAAGAAACAUUGUUUCUUAUAAAAUCUAAAAAUGCAUCUGCUGCUCUUUUGGGGAAAAUGAAACAUUUUUGCGCACCAAGAAACCUUUAUAUGAAUCCCCCUCUGGGGUUGAAAAACCCCCUUUCUGAAAAUUUCAGUGUUACUGUGAGCUGCAAGUGUUCAUUGUUCAUUCGGGUUUGCUGAAUGGGGAUGUUGCCUGGGCACUGCUGGUUUUGAUGCUUUAACAUGAUGAAUUUAGCUAUAUGAAGUGUCCUUUUUGUGUAAAACAGCGAACACUCCUUGGAAAAAAAAAAAAAUUAAAAACGGAGUACUUCAGUAAUUUCA